CAAGCCCAGGUUUAUAAUACAUCCGACACAGCCACCGGCAAUCUUCCCGCCAGUAUAAUCGCCAUGGAUUCCGGCAGUCUCAAGCCUAAAAGGCUAAAAAUAUUUUCGUCGCAUACAUCAUUCCGUUCUCAGCUGAUUUAAAAUACAAUUAAUCUGCUCCCAGAUUUGAAGAACCCUAAAAUAAAAAAGAGUAAAAUUGAAGGCUGGAGAUUGUGAACAUGGACGGUUACUCUCUCUCUCCUACCUCGGUAAUCUCGCUCAGAUCCUCCCACGUUCUUCCUCGCCUCUUACGCCUUUGCGUGUUACCUAAAAAGGUCAUCACCUUCAUCGUCGCCGGUUUUCCUCUUCUCAAAUUCGGUGGAUCUCAUUUCCCACUGACGAUCGUACUCUCUCGAUUCGUAUUUACGCGCCGUGUUUCAAGCUAUUUCGAGCUCAUAAGUGUUAAAGUCUCUUCCUUACUCUUCAAUCAAUCAUUCGUAUCUUCGAUUCCGUGAAUUGAAGAGGGAACUUUUCUGCGAUUCUGCGAAUUGAGGAGGGAACUUUGUUGCCAUUCUGGAACAAGAAAUGUCUGCCGUGAAACUGGAAGCAAUUGUUUGCCACGAGCCUGAUGAAUCAGAGCUGAGUCACUUGAGUGAUAAUGGUAGUAAAACUAAAAACGGAGUUGUCUUUCAACUUCUCGAUCAGAAGAGUUCCGAACAUAGAUGGUUUAGUGAAAGGUUUCUUAGAUGGAGACGGAGAUAUCUUCCGGUUGAUGGAGAUAACAGGCGUGACCACGGGUCUGUGAAACAGUCAGGACCUCUUGUGUCUGGUGCAGCUUACUGUAUCUCUUCCUGCAGCAUGAUUAUAUUGAACAAAAUUGUUCUCUCCAGCUACAAUUUCAACGCAGGGGUCUCUUUGAUGCUUUAUCAAAACUUAAUCAGCUGUUUGGUGGUAGCUGUACUAGAUAUCUCUGGAGUGGUUUCAGUGGAAAAAUUUAACUGGAAGUUGAUUAGAGUAUGGAUGCCUGUCAAUGUUAUCUUUGUGGGCAUGCUGGUCUCGGGAAUGUACAGGAAUAGGGGAGGUAUACAUGUUCCGCAAAAGGCAGAACAACAAGGUUUGGGCUGCAAUGUUCAUGAUGAUCAUUUCUGCAAUCAGCGGAGGUAUCACGGAUCUCACAUUCGAUGCAGUAGGGUAACUUGGCAGCUUGCUAACUGCUUUCUGACCGCAAGUUAUUCACUUACUCUUCGUCGAGUUAUGGACAAAGCAAAGCAGUCUACAAAGUCUGGCUCUCUUAAUGAAGUGUCAAUGGUGCUGCUGAAUAAUCUAUUGUCAAUACCCUUUGGCAUCAUCUUGAUUAUCUUACUAGGCGAAUGGAGAUACGUAAUAAGCACGGAUGUGACAAAAGAUUCAAUGUUUUGGGUAGUGGCAACAGCAAGCGGUUUCCUUGGUUUAGCCAUCAGCUUCACUUCGAUGUGGUUCCUGCAUCAAACCGGACCCACAACAUACAGUUUGGUGGGUUCAUUAAACAAGGUUCCGAUAUCACUAGCUGGUCUUGUACUCUUCAACGUCCCUCUCAGUCUCCCAAAUCUGUUCAGCAUACUGUUUGGUUUAUUUGCUGGAGUGGUCUUUGCCAGAGCUAAAAUGUCAUAAAAAGCGUAUUUUCCAAGCCGGAUUGUGAUUGAGGCUAAAGACAAAUAAAGGCAAACAACAAACUUGAGAGGGUUCUUCAUCUGCAGCUAAUAGUUUCAACUUGGAAUACAUUUUUUACUAUACAAUGUAGAAUGUUGUAAUAUAGAUAUGCAGUCAAAAGUUGAGUUUUGGAAAUUUCAAUAUGCCUAGGCAAAAAUACGCUAUCAAAAAGGCUGGAGAGGAUUAAUCGAUUUUCAUCCGAUUGAUUUAGAAGUUUAUGCUUUGGAUUAUUU